GCGGCGGGGGGAGCAUCCCUGCGCCGCGGUACCCGCGUCCCUGCGCCCUGAUACCGAUGUCCCUGCAGCCUUCUCCGUGACACCCGCGUCCCUGCAGCCGUGUCGUGUUCCUGUGCCCUCCUGCACGGUCCCGCACCCCCGCAGCCUGCUCUGCGGUGUCCCACUCUCUGCGCCCAGCUCCAUUGUGCCCACAUCCCCAGCCCUGCUCCAUCGCAUCCCUGUGCCUGUGCUCCGCGGUGCCUGCAUCCCAGCCUGUGUGGAGAGAACAGCUGGGGGUGUUUGAAAAGGAAAAUCCAUCUCUCUGCUGCUGACGCUGACUCUCUCCAGGAGCGCUUGGCUCUAAGAGCACAGACCGGGUACAACGUGCAGUUGGGAGCAGCGGUUCCACCUGCAGAACCAGGCCAGGCUGUUUGGAAAAGUGCAGCCGUCGCGUUCCCGUGAGGUUGCAGGGUUCCUCGCUGAAGGACAAGACAUGCGGUAGGAGCCAGCGCUUCCCAUCCGAGAGCAAGACUGUCGUACCGUGCAGCCCAGGGCACCGCCGGAGGGACAGGACAUGCGUCACAUCAGCCGCCUCCUGUCGGGACUCCUCUUCAUCCUCAGCAUGGCCAGCACAGACGGCUUUGCCCGGGCAGGCCGCAGAGUCUGUGCCACGGCCCCGCAGAGCCGGUCAGUCGCCUACACCGAGUCCCACGUCCAGCCUGUCUACCAGCCCUACCUCACCACCUGCCAGGGCCACCGCCUCUGCAGCACCUACAGGACCAUCUACAGGGUUGCGUACCGGCAGGCGUACAGGCAGGUGGCGCAGCCCGCGGCCCCGUGCUGUCCCGGCUGGAGCAGAGCGAACAGCCACGCGCUCGGCUGUGACAGAGCUCUCUGCUGGGUGCCGUGCCAGAACGGUGGGACCUGCACCUUCCCCGGCAGAUGUGCCUGCCCGCCCGGCUGGAUGGGGCGAGCCUGCCAGACAGACGUGGAUGAAUGUGCCAGCCAGGGCCACGGCUGCGGGCAGCUCUGCAUCAACACGGCUGGCAGUUACCACUGCGCCUGCUGGGACGGCUUCAGCCUCGCUGCCGAUGACAAGGUGUGCCAGCCCCUGGUGCCAGCCCCCGAGCCAGAAACCUUCAGCCAAGCAGGUCCCCCUAGUGAAAUGAAGGAAGAAAUGAAUGAGCUGAAGAGCAGAGUGGAAGCUCUGGAGCAGAAACUCCAGUUGGUGCUGGCCCCCUUCCACAACCUCAUGCCGUCUGCGCCGGAGGAUGUCGGUGCAGACCCCAUCAGCCGCUUGUCCCACUCCCUCCAGCAACUGGACAGAAUUGACUCCCUGAGUGAGCAGAUCUCCUUCCUCGAGGAGCGCCUGGAGACAUGUUCCUGCAAGAAUGAACUCUGAGUGCCCGAGGAAUGGGAGCAAGCGGAGUGCAGCCGCAGCUCUUAUCUCACUCUCCAGCCCGUGAAGAUGAAGCCACAUCAUCUACAGAAAGGCACAGGGUAGCAGGAGAAUGCUGGUUUCCCAUCAGCAUCUCCUUCAUUUUCUCUUCGAACUCACCUUAUCCAAGGUCACGCAGUUAUUUCCAAACUGGAUUCUGAGCCCUCAGCAUCUCAACCCCUUCCUGCUCAAGCAGCAGAAAAUAAAUGCCUUACCUCUUGCUGUUAGUGCCUGUCAGGCUGUGCCAGGGGCCGCAUGGUGCUCAGCUUCGCCUGGCUUUUCCUUAGCAUUACCCUGGGAUAUCACCUCCCAGAGGAGCACAGACCCAGCCCAGGCAGGACAGCUGCACCCCGCCAUGCUUCUGCAAAACAAGGUGGGGCCAAGUCCUGUUUUUGGAAGAUUAUGACCACAAAGGGCUUAUGGCAGCCCCAAGCCAGGCAUCACAGCAGGGCAUGGGUGCAACUGGUCCCUGCAAAGGUACCACACUGGCCGGGUACCAUCCCUGUAGCUUCUGGUCUGCUCCCUGAGACAAGCCUCCCUCCAUGAGCACUGGAGGUGAGCUGGUGCUUCAUUGCUCAUUAGCACGGCAGCUACAGCAGCUUGCUCUGAAAUUACCUGCUUUGCACCAUCCUUGGGCCAUAACAAAGAUGAAGCUUUUACACGGGUCCAAAGGUGCAGAGAGGCUGUUUUUUACUUGCUUUAAUAGAAAACAUUUCCCUGUGACACUCCCGUCAACAGCAUAGAGCAGACAGGGACAAACCAGUGCCACCCAGUAGUGCCAGCAGAGUGAGGUCAAGGAGGGAGGGACAGUCCUCAGCACACCUGGGCUGGGACACCCCCCUGAUUACCUGGCACGGGCACGGCAGCCGCAGCACACGUCCCUGCAGCACCCCGGCUCUGUUUGCUCAAGGCCAAGGACACCGGUCCAGCAGAGCAGACGUGACUGACCUGGUACAGCGCUUUCCUGCUUGCCUGGAGCAGAGCUGCAUGGGCAAGGGGGUGCUGCGGGGGUUGUACCAAAUAAAGCCUCCUGUGGUACA